UGGUGUUUUCGGUUCAAUGUGUACAUGCAUGCACCUAUACAAAACAUACAUAAGUGUGUAUGGUAGAUUUAUAUAUUAACGGACGUUGAGAAGCCGCACCCCUUAGAGUAAAUGCCGGAAACGUUGCAUGUGAGGAAAGAGCGAUAAGGUGAUUAUUGCCAUCAUCCAGCAAACUUCAAUCCAGUGACUGAUCAUGGCCCACGCAUCAGAACCAGGUAUGGAUACCUCAGCUCGCGCCACCAUCGACGACAGAAGGAGAAUCAAACCAUUUUACGAGCUACUCACCAAUCUGGGGAAUGAACUACUCAACUGUGAGCUCGCAGAGGCUCAAAUCAUGUGCAGAGGACAAGGAGUGCCGGAAGAGAAACUCCACACACAACAACCUUUGGAACUACUUCGGACCCUUGAUGACAUGGGAAUCAUCGGAGAAGACAACACAGACUUUCUCAAGCAGUUACUUCACGCAGCAGGAUGCUUAGAGGGCAAAGAAUAUGUGGAAGUGUACGAACAAGAGAGGAGCAAACAUCUUAAAGACGUUGAAAUCCUCCUCGGCAGAAAAGAUCAAUUUUUCGUCGGACGUACCAAAUACGUCAGUAAAAUUCUCGACGUUUUCCAUGAUACGAAUAAUGUCAAAUGUCGAUGUGUUUUGGUCUACGGACUGGCUGGUACGGGAAAGACGAAGCUGGCAGUGGAAAGUUGCGCCAUCUACAAGGGGCAGCAGAAGAAAUCAGCCACUAGGCUUUAUCGUGUAAACCUUCGUAAAGCUACAAAGGCGGAAGAGGUUUGGCUGUGGACCCUAAAUAGCGUGGCGGGAAGGCAAGUCACACAGAGUCAGUUCAACAUGCCGCUGGUGAAGGACUGGAUAAAGAAAUGUUGCCAAGAUACUAUCAUUCUAUUGGACAACGCUGACGAUAUAAUCAGACCCUCUUCUACCAGCAGAGACCAUUUCAUCAACACAAUAACCGACAUUCUAGACUUGAACAACGCGUUCGUUAAAAUCCUCAUGACGUCACGGCAUCCUGUGGAUGUCCAUUGUCUUAAAGAUUUGCCAAACUUCCUCGAGCUGAAGCUUGAGCCACUGCAGGUUCACGACUCCAUCUACUUGCUGAGGAAGAUGGUAGACCAGGCUCAGAGUUCCUCCGGGAUAGCUGUUGCCGGUGGGGACAGCACCAGAGAUGACACGCCAUUGUUUGAGAUUGCUAAGCUGUGUGGGAACAACCCGCAGGCCCUGCGUGCCUUAGCGAGCCGCCUCAGCAGCGGGUUCCAACCAGAUAAACUCAUAGAGCAUCUGAAGAUACCAGCACUGAUCCCUAAAGUCCUGGAUCCUGGAUCUCUAGCAGCCAGUACAGCUGUCCAGGAUGAGAGAAAGGACUUCGAGGAUCAACCGAUGGUCCUGAGUGCUCUGAGUAUCACUUACGAGGAACUUCCACAGCAUCUCAAGGAGGUACUGUUGAAAUUAUCCGUGCUCCCGACCUCCUUCAGCUUACAACAAGGAGCCAUGAUUCUGGGAAGAGAUAAACCAGACGAGGUGAAGUAUGACCUGGAGGAUUUGAGGAAGUGGUGUCUUAUAGAUAAAGAGAACUUUGAUGACUUCGACUGUGGAGUAAACGAUGACGACACAUACUACUACAUACAUCCCCUGGUAAGAUCCACUUGUUUGACCAAGUUAAAGUCAAGUAAGCUUUACGAAGUCGCGUACGAAGACGCUGUGCGUCGCUUCUUCGUGUACAUCAAUGAUCGGCUCAAACAGUUAACGGAGCUUGGUCAUAAAGACUUCUCCCGCGCCCUGUCAAAGUUUCAGUUGGAAAAGACGAACGUUUUCCACUACUUGGAACUCGACAUGGGUAACAAGUUCGGUUGUAAGGUGAAUGAGACUGAACAGACAACCGUCAACCCUACACCUCUUCCUGACACCAGGGAGGGUCUCUACAGCAUCUUCGAAACCUUCUUGGAGCCAUCAAAACGCUUGGAGUAUUAUCAGAAUCGUAGCAGAGUAAUGCUGAGCAGAAAGGAAAUCGAAGGUUGGGCUUACCUACAAGGAUGGGUCGCUGAUGAGCUUGUUGUUAAGGCUAAAUACGACGACGCUUGGGAGACGGUUGAAGAGCCUCUAAAGAUUCUCCAGGUCAGAGAAACCGAGAGUGGCAUCACGAAUGACUUAGAAAGGGCCAGAGCUCAGCUUAUGUACGUCAAGGGCCGUGUCCUAGUCGGACGACGUGAAUACAGCAAAGCCUUUGAGGUACUGAAGCAGGCAUUAUCGAUGCAGCAACGUAUCUUGGGGAAUCACUCCGUCACAGCUCGUUGCCUGAAUGCUCUCGGUCAUGCCUACUACAACAAGGCCGAUGAAGGGUUUCUAUCCAGCGGAGUGGACGAGGCUCACGAGUAUCACAAGAAAGCAUGGGAGAUGCUGGUCAAGGUAACCGAUGGCAAACCAGAGAAGCAUUUUGACGCACCUAUGUAUCUGCUCAAUAUUGGCGCCAGUUACCAUCAGAUGGGGAAGAAGAAUCUACUGUUGCGUAAGGGGAAAGCUAAGAAGUUCUUUGAGUUGGCGAUCGCCAACUACAACGAAGCUUACGAGCUUGCAAGAGCCCUAAGAUUGACCAACUCGUCCAACAGUGCCUUCAUUCUGAAGAAUAUGGCGAUGAGCCACUGUGAGAUGGAGGAUUAUGAGAAAGCCUUGCCGCUGGCUAUCCAUGCAGCUGAAAUAAGGGAGAAGUCGAUAGGUAUCCACCCCACUACUGCACGCAACCUGUACUUCAUUGGUUCACUCUACGACAGCCUGGGCGAUAAAUACAUCAAGAAAGACAAGAAAACAUCUGACCAACACUUCACAGACGCCUUAGAAUACUACAACAAAGCACUCAAGAUGGAGAUGCAGUUGGGACCAAGGGGUCAUAGUAUCGAGUAUGAGGAUCUCAAGACGGACCUGCAAAGUUUGCUCAAGAAACGCCAAGGAGACAAGACGGAGCUUGAGACAUACCAAAGAAUAUUUCAUGACGCUGAUAAGAGUGCAAUGUCACCGGAAGAGGUGACCUUGACCUUUGACUCUUUACCGGAUGUUGCAAGGCAGUCAGCAAGAGGUCAACACGAGCCACAAGACGACGAUGACAUGGAUGUCAAUGAGGCAGACGACAAUUCAGGAGCGACAAGACGAAGAGCGCCAGCACCAGUUUUCAUGCAAGAGACUGCGAGUAAAAAGAGGCGCUGCAACAUACAAUAGAUGUUCGAAGAUCGUGAAUUACGCCAGAGAUCUGCCGUUGAGCACACGUCCAUAAUCACCUUUGACCUCGCAUCGAUGAUAUUCAUGGUUCUGGAGAUUUGCAGUUAAAACUGAUUUACAUGUGUAUACAUAACCAGCCUCGAAUUUACCCACAGCACGUGCCGUUGAAAAGUUCUAACACAAAUUUAAAUUUUCCUCAUAUAGAAGUGCCCCUACCAGAGGAAAAUUGCUGUGCCCCUUCAAGAGAGAAACUCAAUGCAUGCAUAAUAAAGACAAUACCUUGUCAUUGCGGAUAAAGACAGAAGGUACACCUUUAUCAUGCUGCGUCCAUCUUGGUCAUGUUCCUCGUUUCGAAUGCAUGCUAGUAAUCAUCUUGCAAUUAGGAACCAGACUAUUCUGUUCUUCAAGCCUCGAAAUUCAAGAUGGCUGCACCGUGGUAAAGGUCUAUAGUGUUGUGUGCACGUUUCCAUUAUUUGAGGGAGUCAGUGAGGGCGCCCUGCAAGGGGUCUAUAAAUAACCAGCGUUCUCAUUCUGAACUGAUGAGCGCUCCCUAUAUAUAAAUAGUUUUUCAUUGAAAAACAAUGUGUACAAUUAUAAUUAUCUUUGAAAUAUGAGGAUGGAGUGAAAAAUAUGCUUCAAUUAAGAGAGUCUUGCUGUGCAAUAACUUAUUUUUAGAUGCCGAGGAAUUUAGCUGUUGUUUGUAUAUUGCUGAUAACAUUUGAGUUGCUGAUUAUUAUUAUUAUCGUUAUUUUUAUUUUAUUUUUUUAGAUUUAAUUGGUCUGUUAUAUUAAUCGGUGGGUUAUUAUACCAUCAUUGUUCUUGUCCUUUGUUUUAUGUUGUUGCGAUGAUGGCUUUGGGGUUUUUGCGCAAGCCGCUGUAUGUAAGCCCUAUAAAAAAAGUAGUUUUUAUCAUAUUUGUUUUGAUAUUAUUUUUUUCCAAGACGUGUCUCAGUACUACUAUUCAUCUCAUUAUCAUUUAUUUAUUAAGACAAUUGAUAAUAAUGUAAAUAUUUUACGUAAUUCUUUGUAACCCUGUAAAAUGUUAUCAAAUGUAACUAUUUUUGCCUUUAUACCAUCGGUUUUUUGGUAGGUAAGUUGUUCGCAACAGGCAAUUCUUUUUACUCAAAUAUUACUCUGAACAAAGAUCAUUGACUUUUUUAGGGAGUCCGCCAAUACACUUUGGUAGGGCACCGGAACGUUAAUCCAGAGGUCGUUGGUUCAAAUCAAAUCCACUCCAGUAAAUUUUGACUUAGUUCGAACAACAAGUAUUACACUUUAAAACCUUUUACUGUUUGACCAUUCAAAAACAUCCACAUGGCUUAGAAUAAAAUGUCAUUACAGCCUGCAACAAUGACAUCAUCAUGGCGUUUGCGUAAUACAUCAAUUUGCAUUUAUAUUUUUAAUUAGAAAUUGAACUCGGGAAAGUCCCGAGUAUACACAUCGGUGUAUAAAGGGAACCCAAAUAAAUAUUCUUUAUCCCCGAUGCAAAUUUAACAAAUAUUAUAAGCUUUACAGCAGAACUGAAUGCUACGAACAGAUGAUCUUAUGGGCACAAUUUUAUGGAAUUUUGGAUGAACUUUUUCGCUGAGAAGGUGGACAAAACAUUGACCAUUGUGAAUAAUAAUAUGAGAAAACAUUGAAAUGAAAGAGAAGAUUCUUGCUUGCGUGCAAACUGUGGUUGAAUAGUUUGUUAUAUGAAAACUUGUUUGAACCUUUAUUUGUAAAUUAUUGAUAUAAUAUUUUAACUUAUGGAGAAGGUUUUUUGUCAAUAAUAAUUUUUAAAGCUUUUGUCAGAAAAAGUGAUGUAUGCUAUUCAGUAGUGUUCUACUUUGAAUGAUCAAAAACAUAAUCUAUCUGGUUAAAGGCAAUCGAUUGGUCAUAGUGAGUGAAAAAUAUGGUGGUCGGAUUCGGCAUUUUCCAUUAAAAUAAACAGUCAUAAAUAGUACUAAAAUUUCAAUAACGCUAUUAAAGCAGUUUAUUGCUAAGUUUUGGUGUGUUAUCUACUCAGUCGUUACAAUAUUCAAACUAAAAUAAAUUAUAUUAUACCCAGAUUUUAACUCGUAAAAACUGUA